CUCAAAUGGUUGCGCACUCGCUGCAGUGAUUGGAAGGUUUUGGUCUGGAAUUAUCUCUUCUCGCGCAGGACUGGGUAUGUGCGCUUGAUCAAAUGACAUAGUCGGAGCCUGAAACAUAGCAAGGAGAGCUGGGCCGUUGUAAAAACAGAAUUUUUGGAAAAUAUACACAACAUUUUGCAACUUCAAUACGAAAUAUAUAGAUAUAAGGGAGUGAUCGCCCGGAACCAAAAGGAUUGGCCACAUCUGCUGGAGAAAAAGGUCUCCAUGGUGCCAUGCUGGAUUUCUGUCUCCACCAUCAAUAUGUUCUCUCUCCCCAUGGAUCUGUAUGACCCCCAGCACCAACUCUGGUCUCUCUACAAGCUUCCUCAACAUGCCCCUGCACCAUGGAUCCCCCAGUGAGGGUUUCCAACCGAGGUAGCCUGUGAGAAGGAAGAUUUUUGUUUUUUGUUUUUGUGCCAUCCUACCCAUCCUCCCUCACCCACUUGCCUCACCCUCCCCGUACAUAUUCACCCGUACCUCCACUCCCCCAACGGGGGAAAACUAUGCUCCUGCUCUCCCUGAGCUGAAUCAGGAAGGGACAGGACGAGGCACACCAUCAGAGCCCACAGGGGUGACCACCAGUGACCAACAAGCUCCCACAGAGCGCAGUCCAGCCCACUCAGCAAGUCACUGUGCCAAGAUGACUGUGCUUCCCUUUUUCAUCGCUGCAGUGGGAGUCUGGAUCCUACUGGUGAUCAGAGCUGAAGGUAUUCAAACUGGUCAGAAUCCAGACCACAUGCUCCACGGCACCGGGCACAAGCAUGAGUCCAGGAAGCCUGGGGACGACACCACGGUGGCCCCAGAGGACGCCGCCCGCUUUCUGAGCUGCUACUGCUCGGGUUACUGUCCAGAGGACCACAAAAAUAACACCUGCGAGACGAAUGGCCAAUGUUUUGCCAUCAUAGAGGAGGAUGAGAACGGAGAAGCUAUUCUGACCUCUGGCUGCAUGAAGUAUGAAGGCUCACAUUUUCAAUGCAAGGAUUCGCCCAGGGCUCAGACAAGGCGAACGAUCGAAUGCUGCGGGACGGACUUCUGUAAUCGGGACCUGCAGCCCACAUUACCUCCCCCAAUGGACACUGGUUCCUACUUUGGCAGUGCCCACUGGCUGGCGUUCCUUAUAUCAAUGACCGUAUGCUGCUGCACUCUCAUCUGCAUCACAGUAGUCUGUUACUACAGGUACAAGUGGCAGACGGAGCGGCAGCAGUACCACCGGGAGCUGGAGCAGGACGAGGCCUUCAUCCCUGUGGGAGAGUCUCUCAAAGACCUCAUCAACCAGUGCCAGUCUUCUGGCAGUGGCUCUGGGCUCCCCCUGCUGGUGCAGCGCACCAUUGCCAAGCAGAUCCAGAUGGUGCGUCAGAUCGGCAAGGGGCGCUACGGCGAGGUGUGGCUGGGCCGCUGGCGGGGAGAGAAGGUGGCCGUCAAGGUGUUCUUCACCCGGGAGGAGGCCAGCUGGUUCAGAGAGACCGAGAUCUACCAGACAGUCCUCAUGAGGCACGAGAACAUACUGGGUUUCAUAGCGGCAGACAUCAAGGGUACCGGGGCCUUCACCCAGCUCUUCCUCAUCACAGACUACCACGAGAACGGCUCUCUGUACGACUACCUGAGGUUCACCACGCUGGACACCCAGAGCCUGCUGCGACUGGCCUACUCCGCCGCCUGCGGCCUGUGUCACCUCCACACGGAGAUCUACGGCACCCAGGGUAAGCCGGCCAUCGCCCACCGAGACCUGAAGAGCAAGAACAUCCUGAUGAAGAAGAACGGCACCUGCUGCAUCGCUGACCUGGGCCUGGCCGUGAAGUUCAACAGUGAUACCAACGAGGUAGACGUCCCUCUGAGUACACGGGUGGGGACUCGGAGGUACAUGGCCCCAGAGGUGCUGGCCGAGACCCUGAACAAGAACCACUUCCAGGCCUACAUCAUGGCUGAUAUAUAUAGCUACGGUCUCGUCAUCUGGGAGAUUGCCCGCCGCUGUAUAACAGGAGGUAUAGUGGAGGAUCAUCAGCUGCCAUACUAUGAGAUGGUGCCGUCAGACCCGUCCUUCGAGGACAUGCUGGAGGUGGUGUGUGUAAAAGGGCUGCGGCCCACCGUGUCCAACAGGUGGAACGGUGACGAGUGUCUGAGAACCAUGCUGAAGCUGAUGUCUGAGUGCUGGGCCCACAACCCUGCCUCACGCCUCACCAUCUUACGAGUCAAGAAGACCCUGGCCAAAAUGGUGGAAUCACAGGACAUCAAAAUGUGAUAUUUUACCCCUACGUACUCAACACAGCCCGAUCGAGAGCCCGAACUCCCCAGUGUGUCCUAAUGUCGUGAUGCAGAAUAUGUCACCUAUGUUCAGGAGGCGGGGGAGGAGAAACAGUGGAUGGGGGGAGGGGGGACCCUGUCACAGGGCCUUGGACAUUGAGCCUCAACCCUCAUGAAUCUCUAUAACCACAAUGGACAGACGCUGCUGCAGAGGUGUUUUUUGACUAAAGGAAACUGUAUAGGUUCACUCUCCCGCCUAUUCCCUCCCUGACCAGAGGAGUUCUGGGUUGUAGGAAGCAACCUACUGCGAUUUGAUGCUUUCUGUGAAAGCCAAAACAUGACAUGGUGUGAGGAGGGGGAAGGACAUGUGUCUGCUCACAUGUUGAUGGACAAAGUCAUAUUAUGUAGGAACUUUAGAGCCACACUUCAAACCAAGACACUGCCGUCGCAAUCGUCACCUCCCGCCAAUCAUGUUCAAUUUUUGCCUGUAAAUGUUUUAUGCCAAUUUUUUCCCCCCUCUUCAGGACAGUCUUCUCCUGCCAUAUGGAAAUAUAACUCUUGACUCUUAAGUAGAGUAAUUAUGAAAUAAGGUACUAUAAUUAUGUGAAUUUAAAUGUAAAUGUAUAUUGGAUCGAUAGAUGCUGUGCCUACAAAAAAGAACCAUACUGCAAUGGUAUUCACGUCCAGUGGGCUUCAAAUGCGACCUGCUUCAAGAGCUACGAGCAAUCCAGACAACCAAGGACAUUGUAAGAGGGGAUACUCGACUUGCCUUAAAUCAACAACUCACUGUGCUUCCUAUAACAAAGUUCAACUCAGUAACUUCUCCUGUCACAUUUGACAUGAAAAGGACAACUGGGGAGAAAAAUAUUUGCUGCAUAAUUCUAUUCAGAAAGAAAUGUGUAAAUAGGAAGUCAAUCUGUGUCCCGUCCUGUCGCUAUGCUUACCCCUUCUUCGUAUUUGUUCCUUUGUGUAUAUACGCUAUGUCUUCUGGGAGGAAUGUCCAGAACACUAAACAUUGAGUCUUGUUCAUAGAUAUUAUAAGCUGAAUUUCCCUCCAGCUCUUCUCUAUUGCUUUUAAUUCCAUGUUGAGUUAUAGACAUUCUAUGAGUGGCCAACUUUCAUAUUGCCAAACAUCAUGUGAGCUCGGCCAUUGGACUGCAGUAAUGAAGAAGUCCACAUUAGUUUGGAAAAUAUGCCAUAUUUUAUUAACUUAAAGUACAAAUAUAUAGCUUACUCAAUGCUAUGGUAAAUGACAGUUACUUGUGCUAAAAACAUUUAGAGCUGUAAUGCCAAUGAAGUUUGUUGAUCCAUCAAGCUUCCUCAGGUGUGUGAGACAGAAUUACAGCCAAGUAAAGUGAACUUGCAGUAGAUCGCGACACCGAAUUUAGACUGUUUCGAGACACAUGCGAGUACAGUUGAAGUCGGCAGUUUACAUACACCUUAGCCAAAUGCAUUUAAACUCAGUUUUUCACAAUUCCUGACAUUUAAUCCAUGUAAAAAGUCCCUGUCUUAGGUCAGUUAGGAUCACCACUUUAUUUUAAGAAUGUGAAAUGUCAGAUUUAUUUCAGCUUUUAUUUCUUUCAUCACAUUCCCAGUGGGUCAGAAGUUUACAUGCACUCAAUUAGUAUUUGGUAGCAUUGCCUUUAAAUUGUUGAACUUGGGUCAAAUGUUUCAGGUAGCCUGCCACAAGCUUCCCACAAUAAGUUGGGUGAAUUUUAGCCCAUUCCUCCUGACAGAACGUGUGUAACUGAGUCAGGUUUGUAGGCCUCCUUGCUCGCACAUGCUUUUUCAGGUCUGCCCACAAAUUUUCUAUGGGAUUGAGGUCAGGGCUUUGUGAUGGCCACUCCAAUACCUUGACUUUGUUGUCCUUAAGCCAUUUUGCCACAACUUUGGAAGUAUGCUUCGGGGUCAUUGGCCAUUUGGAAGAGCCAUUUGCGAACAAGCUUUACUGGAUUAAUGUCUUGAUGUUGCUACAAUAUAUCAACAUAAUUUUCCAUCCUUAUGAAGCCAUCUAUUUUGUGAAGUGCACCAGUCCCUCCUGCAGCAAAGCACUCCCCCAACAUGAUGCUGCCGCCCCCGUGCGUUACGGUUGGGACGGUGUUCUUCGGCUUGCAAGCCUUCCCCUUUUUCCUCCAAACAUAACGAUGGUCAUUAUGGCCAAUCAGUUCUAUUUUUGUUUCACAGACCAGAGGACAUUUCUCCAAAAAGUACGAUCUUUGUCCGCAUGUACAGUUGCAAACCAGUCUGGCUUUUUUAUGGCGGUUUUGGAGCAGUGGCUUCUUCCUUGCUGAGCGGCCUUUCAGGUUAUGUCGAUAUAGGACUUGUUUUACUGUGGAUAUAGAUACCUUUGUACCUGUUUCCUCCAGCAUCUUCACAAGGUCCUUUGCUGCUGUUCUGGGAUUGAUUUGCACUUUUCGUGCCAAAGUACGUUCAUCUCUAGGACACAGAACGCAUCUCCUUCCUGAGCGGUAUGACGGCUGCGUGGUCCCAUGGUGUUUAUACCUGUGUACUAUUGUUUGUACAGAUGAACAUGGUACCUUCAUGCAAAUGGAAAUUGCUCCCAAGGAUGAACCAGACUUGUGGAGGUCUACAAGUUUGUUUUUUUCUGAGGUCUUGGCUGAUUUCUUUUGAUUUUCCCAUGAUGUUAAGCAAAGAGGCACCGAGUUUGAAGGUAGUUUUUAAAAUACAUCCACAGGUACACCUCCAAAUGAUGCCAAUUAGCCUAUCAGAAGCUUCUAAAGCCAUGACAUUUUCUGGAAUUUUCCAAGCUGUUUAAAGGCACAGUUAACUUAGUGUAUGUAAACUUCUGACCCACUAGAAUUGUGAUACAGUAAAUUAUAAAUGAAAUAAUCUGUCUGUAAACCUCCGACUUCAACUGUAUAUACAAAUCCACAGGUUUCCUUAGUGCCGUUAUCUGUGGGCCAGUGCAGAGGGUAGAGCCAGCCCAUUGAUUACCAUUUACCACAAGAGGAACUGCAUUUUUAGAUCUUUCACUUUUCAUACAGGACAGAAAGGAGAAAUAUGAAGUGAGAACUUAAUGUCCCCUCAUCUGAACCACUGUCCUUACCUCUUGACAGUUCAUAUUGCCGGUGUGAUGAUGACGAGGAAGCCUCGUCAGAGAUUGUGCCCCUGAUAAGUUAUGGUUCAACCUCUUGCAUAGGCUCUAUGUUUUGGCCAGUGUGUUCUUAAAAUGUUCUCUUUCAAGUCCCUGGUCCUAUUGUGUCUGCUGUCUCUUCUAUCUAAUGUUUGCUUUUGCUUCACUUUUGUCCAUACAAAUGCGUAAAACAACAUAUAUGCUGCAUAGCUUUAGCAGUGCUUGUGGGUUUGCGCUCAUAAUGUGUGCUUAUGUUGAAGUGUGCAUGUCCGCUGAAAUCCUAGUGUGUGUGUGUGUCAGGACAGUUUCUCUGUGAAUUAAGCUAACAGUACAUGGUAGAUAUUUAAGAAAAAUACUUCACCCAAGCAGUAACUAGUGUUUUCCUGUCGUUUGUAACAUGCAAGAAAACCAUCUAGAAUAAUCUCUUAAUGUGUAAAUCUUUAAUGUGUUUUUGUACAGCAUCGGGCCUUUGAGUUUACCAAGGAAAGAAAACUAUUCUCUAUACAGCCUGUCCAAUGUAUCCAUUUUUAAGUAAAUAACCUUAUUUUAGUACACAA